GACUAUGCAGAUUUGCGUCCGUAUGUGUGCGCGCUCAUCGACCGGCCAUUAACCGUGUAUUUUUGGACGUUGAAAUGAGAAAGAAUCCUCAAAAUCACACAGAAAUUACGGAUAUUACGGAAGUUUAUAUUCAAAGGGGCGUCGUUUCCCAUCGAAUAGGCCAUCCUUGCUUGUCAUCCUCCGGGGAUAAAACUUAGCAGCAAUCUACCAAAUAUUUCAAAUUCAAAUCAUCCAAAAUGCAGACGAUAAAAUGUGUGGUCGUCGGGGACGGAGCUGUUGGUAAAACAUGUCUACUCAUCUCAUACACAACAAAUAAAUUCCCUUCAGAGUAUGUUCCAACGGUAUUUGAUAAUUAUGCAGUAACUGUUAUGAUCGGUGGUGAGCCGUAUACACUGGGUCUGUUUGAUACAGCAGGACAAGAAGAUUACGACAGACUUCGACCUCUCAGCUAUCCCCAGACGGAUGUCUUCCUUGUCUGUUUCUCAGUUGUAGCGCCCUCAUCAUUUGAAAAUGUCAAAGAAAAGUGGGUACCCGAGAUCACUCACCAUUGUCAGAAAACACCAUUCCUGCUGGUUGGAACACAGAUAGAUCUCCGUGACGACCCAGCCACCAUCGAGAAGCUCAUGAAGAACAAGCAGAAGCCUACGACGGGAGAAGCCGGUGAGAGGAUGGCAAAGGAACUGCGUGCCGUUAAAUAUGUAGAGUGCUCCGCUCUGACACAGAAAGGACUGAAGAACGUCUUUGACGAAGCAAUCCUAGCUGCGUUGGAACCACCCGAACCAGUCAAGAAGAAGAGGUGUCGUCUCCUUUAAGAAUUGAAAGAUCGCGAGAAUAAUCUUCUAAAAAUGAUAUCUUAAUAGUCCCCUGCUUGGAGGGACGUGACACCAACCUGAAAUUAACCCCUGACAUACCGGAUAUAAUCACCCCCAAUCAUGUAAACUAUAUGGAUAUACCUUAAUCCGGUAUGUAAGGUGUUAAGGUUUGGAGCUUGGAGGGGGGCAAAGGGGAGAUGAUCGAAGCGGUAUACAGGAAUGGGGACGGGAGUUCUGGUCGAGCUUCCAUUAUAAAGCUUGGUAUGGAUGAAAAAUGGUGUAGCGCUAAUUUCGAGGGUUAUUUGUAUCAUUCUUCCUAGAUUUAUAAUCGAUGCGGUAUACUGCUAGAAAAAUAACAUGAUUAAUGUUGGUAUUAAGGAAUUUGUUCGUAAGAUGGCCGGGUCGGUGAUCAAAGGUAGACCAGGCUUGGGUUCGAUUGAAGACAAUGUAAAUUUGAAUUUAAAGGUUUUUUGCGGGUGUUAUUGAGAACGUGUGAAAAUUCAAAAAUGUAUAUGUCAAAUUUGUAAUUUCUGCAGAGGGAUAUAUUAAUCGUUUGAUUUAUUUAAUAACAUGCGACAUCGCAUCAAUUGUGCGUGUGUAUGAUACAGUGAUCUAUCCUUCAAUUUUUGCAAACUAAAAUAAUUUACCUCUGGAUGUGAGGAAAUUGCUCAAAAGCAGAUUGAAGAAACGAAACUUGGUGCCUAUAGUAAUGUAAAUAUCAGCUAGACUUCUGUGCCAUUGUUUCUGUAGAGUUUAGAGAAAAGCCAGUUUUAGUAACAUCUGUGGAGCAUAAGUUUGAUUAAACUUUGUCCACUUUUGUGAUUCACAGUGACAAGAUAGCUUGUAAAAAGAAUAAUUAGACCGAUCGAUGACGAGUGUUUAUGCUUGCGUGCAAGUUUUGAGGUUUUGUGUCAAUAUUUUAUAAGUAUACCAGGGACUA